GCCAUACUUAUAUACCAAACAAACAGAAACAAACAUGAGCAAAGAAAAAUGGCCGACAUUUGAAGAAAGGAGGAGGAAGGACUGAAGAAGUGAAGCUUUGAAGAAAAUGGCGGAGCUAGGAUUUCAAGAACAAAGCUCGGUGAGUUCAUCAGGUUACAGAGCUCGAGAUGCGAGCCCUGACUCCGUUAUAUUCACUCUGGAAUCGAAUUUCAGCCUCUUCUCUUCGGCUUCCGCUAGUGUCGAUCGCUGUUCUUUUGCUUCCGAUGCUCACGACCAUGAUUCUCUCACUUCCGAACUCUCUUUACAUUUGGCAGGACAUGAAGGAGGAGAUCAGAAUGAGAGUUUGAGUGGACCAGAUCCAGAUCCAAACAAAGCUAUAACAGUCCAUAAGCACAGUCGUCUCUUCAGAAAAGGGGAAAAGUUGAAAGUUCAAAAAGAAGAAAACGAUGACGCUCAUAUAGUAGAGGACGAAAAUCAGCUCAUAGAUUCAGCAAGAAACUCAUUCUCUCUUGCUCUUAAAGGUACCCUUUAGUUUUUUUCUUUUGAA